GGGACGAUAGACCGGUCGACACUCGACGGCCAUACUAAUAGAGUGGUAGCUGCUGUAUAAUAAUUAGUAAUUCACUGGUUGCACGUCCUCAACGCGUUUCGUUGUUUGAACAGUUUGAACCUCUUAUUAAACGUAUUUUGUUGUGCCUUCGAACACGUUAGAAAUGACAACUUCCACUUUCAGCAAAACCGAUGAGUAUGGUUUCAAACGUCCUGAUGAUUUCGAUUAUGUGGAGUAUGAAAAGUUCAUGUCCGCUUACUUAAAUUUACUUACUAGACGUUCAAUGGACUGGGUUAGCCUUUUGAUUUACAAUCCACAGCUGAAGAGAAACGCUAAACUUAAAAAGUUUGUACGCACAGGAAUACCAUUGAUACUUAGGGGACCGGGGUGGAUUUCUGUCAGUGGUGUGCAAAAGUUGAAAGACAAGUAUGGGUCUAAUACAUAUAGAAAAAUGCUAGACGAACCAAUUAAUGAGGACAUCAAGAAUAUAAUAUUGGUCGAUAUUCCACGAACAUACCCAGAUAAUAUUUAUUUUCAACCAAAUUCUGAAAAUCAAAAAACAUUGUUUAGGAUACUAUGUGCAUUUGCAGCAUGUAAUCCAGAUGUAGGAUACUGUCAGGGUUUAAAUUACAUAGCUGGUUUGUUGCUAUUAAUUACUAAAAAUGAAGAAUCUUGUUUUUGGUUACUAAGAGUGUUGGUGGAGAAUAUACUACCAGACUAUUAUUCUAAGACAAUGGAAGGUGUCAUUGUUGAUAUUGAAGUUUUUUCACGCCUAGUAAAGAAAAAAUGUCCUGAAGUGUCAAAGCAUAUGAUUAAUUUAGAAAUGCCGUGGGCAUUAGUUGUUACUAAAUGGUUUAUUUGCCUUUUUUCCGAGGUUUUACCAAUUGAGACAACUUUGCGAGUUUGGGAUUGCUUGUUUUAUGAAGGAUCUAAGAUUUUAUUCAGAGUUGGCUUAAUGUUAGUGAAACAUUAUAAAAAAGAUUUGUUGGCAUGUGAAGAUAUUGCAUCAUUGGCGGAAUGUUUCAAGUCGAUCGUUCAACGACCAUUUCCUUUAAACUGCCAUAUAUUCAUUAAACAAAUGUUUACAGAAAUUGGCUCAUUACCUAUGUCAUUGAUUAAUGAUCUACGGAAACAAGUAUCUGCUGAACGUAAUGCUAACAAAUCUACCUCUAAAAAUAAAAAAGAUUGAAAUUAUAUAACUAUUAAUUUUAAGAGCUUAUAAAAUGUUUGUACAGUUU